ACCAUUCAGAAUAUGUUAAAAGCAAUCGCAGUACUCGCUGUGGUCCUGGCCCUGGCCAGCGCCGAGCUGCACCGUGUGCCCGUCCUGAAGCAGGAGAACUUCGUGAAGACUCGCGCCAAUGUCAGGGCCGAGGUUUCCCAUUUGCGUGCCAAGUAUCGCCUGCCGACCGCACGUAGCGUCAACGAGGAGGAUCUGUCCAACUCAAUGAACAUGGCCUACUAUGGCGCCAUCACGAUUGGCACGCCCCCGCAGAGCUUUAAGGUGCUGUUCGAUUCGGGCUCCUCGAACCUGUGGGUGCCCUCCAAGACCUGCUCCAGCUAUGCCUGCGAGGUGCACAAUCAGUAUGACUCCGGCGCCUCCUCCACCUAUCAGGCCAAUGGCGAGAGCUUCUCCAUUCAGUACGGCACCGGCAGCCUGUCCGGCAUCCUGGCCACGGAUAUUGUGAAUGUGAAUGGCUUGUCUGUUGAGAGUCAGACCUUUGCCGAGGCCACCAAUGAGCCGGGCACCAAUUUCAACGAUGCCAACUUCGACGGCAUCCUGGGCAUGGCCUAUCAAUCCCUUGCCGUGGACAACGUUGUCCCACCCUUCUACAACAUGGUCUCUCAGGGCCUGGUCGAUCAGUCUGUGUUCUCCUUCUAUCUGGCACGCGACGGCACCUCCAGCCAGGGCGGUGAACUGAUCUUUGGCGGCUCCGACUCCUCUCUGUACAGCGGCGACCUCACCUAUGUGCCCAUCUCCGAGCAGGGCUACUGGCAGUUCACCAUGGCUGGCGCCAGCAUUGACGGCCAGAGCUUGUGCGACAAUUGCCAGGCUAUUGCCGAUACUGGCACCUCUCUAAUUGUGGCACCCGCCAAUGCCUACAUGCAGCUCAACGAGAUCCUCAAUGUUGAUGAUGAGGGUCUGGUCGACUGCUCCAGCGUCAGCUCAAUGCCUGUGAUCACCUUCAACAUUGGUGGCACCAACUUUGAUCUGGAGCCCGCUCAAUACAUCAUCCAGUCCGAUGGCGAGUGCCAGUCCAGCUUCGAGUAUAUGGGCACCGAUUUCUGGAUCUUGGGCGAUGUCUUCAUUGGACAAUACUACACCGAGUUCGAUUUGGGCAACAAUCGCAUUGGCUUUGCGCCCGUGGCCUAAACAGAACAACCGGCCUCACCCUUCCCUUCUACCUUUACAAAUAAAGUGA